AUGUCUCUCAAACACAUCACCGUGCAGCCGAAGCUGGUCAAGAAGCCUCCGUUCUCCCUCGAAGUCCCCGGCGUCCAAAAAGUCGAAGGCGAAACAAUCCCGCGAAGACAUCCACAGGCGAUCAACGGACUUAUUGACACACCGUCGGAGGAUGUUAGGACCAUAUUCGAUAUUUUGAAAGUCAGUGCAGCCAAGUAUGGCAACGCGAAGGCACUCGGGUCGCGCAAGCUUCUCAAAACACAUCAGGAGGUCAAGAAGGUCAAGAAGAUGGUCGAUGGCGAGGAGAGAGAAGUCGACAAGAAAUGGACAUACUUUGAGCUUGGCCCCUACGACUACCUGAGCUUUCACGACUACGAAAGGCUGGCUCUACAACUCGGUGCUGGGUAUCGAAAGCUAGGCAUGCAGAAGGAUGAUAGAAUACACAUAUUUGCAGCGACGAGUGCGCACUGGCUGGCAACCUCCCAUGCAGCAGCUUCGCAGUCAAUGCCUAUCGUCACAGCUUAUGAUACUCUUGGGGAGGAAGGACUUAAGCACUCCCUGGUGGCAACAGGAGCCAAAGCUAUCUUCUUGGAUCCUCAUCUCCUAGUCACUCUGAUCAAUCCGCUGAAGGAGGCAAAAGAGAUCAAAUAUGUGAUCUGGAAUAGCCAAAACGAUGUUAACCAGGAUAACAUCAACAAACUACAGAGCGCUCACCCCCACCUGAAGAUCAUGAGUUUCGAAGAGCUCAGACAACUUGGAGAGGCCAAUCCAGUGGAGCCUGUGCCACCUACUCCAGAGGAUCUAUGCUGUAUCAUGUAUACAUCUGGUUCCACCGGACCACCCAAGGGUGUACCAAUUAAGCACAAGUCAGUUGUGGCUUCUAUCGCUGGUGUUAGUGUAAUUGUUGAACCAUACCUUGGACCGGGUGACAGUCUUUUGACCUAUCUACCGCUCGCACACAUCUUCGAGUACGUUUUCGAGAACGCUGUUCUAUUCUGGGGUGGAACUAUGGGCUACGGAAACCCAAAGACGCUGUCAGAUACCUCCGUAAAGAACUGCAAGGGGGAUAUUAGGGAAUUCAAGCCAACGGUCUUGAUUGGUGUUCCGGCUGUGUGGGAAUCCAUCAAGAAGGGUAUUGUUGCAAAAGUUAAUGCUGGAAGCCCUAUCGUCCAGAAAUUGUUUUGGGCUGGUCUAUGGGCAAAGAGCAAUAUGAUGGCCUACGGCCUUCCUGGAGCUGGGAUCCUAGAUUCCAUUGUGUUCAAGAAAGUCAAGGAUGCCACUGGUGGUCGCCUAAGAAUCUGUUUGAAUGGAGGAGGGCCAGUCUCCAAAGACACUCAACGGUUCAUCUCUAUGGCCAUCACACCGAUGAUCAACGGUUAUGGUUUGACGGAAACAACUGCAAUGGGAGCCGUCAUGGAUCCUCUAGCAUGGACCGACACCGCACUCGGAGAUAUUCCAGGAAGUGUCGAAAUCAAGCUAGUUGACUUUGCUGAUGCCGGGUAUUUCUCAACAAACAAGCCUCAUGCACAAGGUGAGAUCUGGAUCAGAGGAACUCCCGUUUUGGAAGGCUAUUACCAGAAUGAGGAAGAGACCAAGGCCGCUAUCACCGCUGAUGGAUGGUUUAUGACGGGUGAUAUCGGAGAGUUUGACAGCAAUGGUCAUUUGAAGAUUAUCGAUCGAAAGAAGAACCUGGUCAAGACUCUGAAUGGUGAAUAUAUCGCUAUUGAGAAGCUUGAAUCGAUUUACCGAUCUGCAACUGUCGUCGCCAAUAUCUGCGUUUACGCUGAUGCGCAGAAAACAAAGCCAGUUGCUAUUAUUGUACCAGCCGAACCAGCGUUGAAGAAGCUUGCUGAGAGAAUUGGCGUGAAGGGUGACGGAAUCGAAGACCUAUCUCGCGACAGAAAGAUGCAGGACGAGGUACUGAAAGAGUUGCAGCAAGCAGGAAGAGCAGGUGGAUUGUCUGGUAUCGAGAUUGUAGAAGGUGCCAUUUUAGCAGAUGAAGAAUGGACUCCUCAAAAUAACAUGGUUACCUCGGCACAAAAGCUGAACCGAAAGCUCAUUCUUCAGACAUACCAGAAAGAUGUGGAUGCUGCGUAUUCUAGAGCUGGUUGA